AUGGAGUUACAUGCAGCGAAAGAACUUCCACAAUGUCCUGAAUACUUCAACUUUGCUUACGAUGUCGUCGAUAAAUGGGCUGCGCAGUUGCCAUCGCUUCAGGCAAUGCUCUGGGUUGACCAGCAGGGCAAAGAUCCACAAUCUCUCGAUUUUGCGCAUUUCUCCCGCCAGUCAAAUCGCGCCGCGGAAUUGUUAGUUAGACUUGGAGCUCGUAGAGGGGAUCGAUUGAUCAUUGUCCUCCCUCGGGUUCCAGCAUGGUGGGAAAUUGCGACCGCUGCGAUUCGCAUUGGCAUUGUGGUCUGUCCAUGCACCGUACUGGCUGUAGCACAUGAUAUUAAGUAUCGUGCGGAGGCAUCCAAGGCUUCCAUAUUUGUUGGGGACACUGUUAGUAUCUCCAAGUUCAAGGCCAUCCAACACGAAUGUCCCGAUAUUCGAACAAUUCUUCAGGCAGCAGGUUCCCCGCUUGUGGACGAACUCCAGUAUUCUGCUGAGCUGGAGAAGAUACCGAAGCACUUUGUCUUUAAAGAUACGUUACCGAAAACUAAAUGGUCGGACCCAUCCGUCAUUUAUUUUACGUCGGGUACAACCGGUAUGCCGAAAAUGGUUCUGCAUAAUCAGGUUUCUUACCCUUUAGGUUGGGCGAAGGCAGCAUGGGCAUGGUUCGCUGCUUGGAGUUGUGGAGCAGCUCUCUUUGUCCAAGAGACCGUCGGCCCUUUCAAUGCCGAGAGUGCUCUUGAUAAUCUGCACAACUAUCCCAUUACCACCCUUUGCUCCCCUCCCACCGCUUAUCGGCAGUUUGUGCUUCCCUCAAGGCGCAAGUACUUUUCCCAAAGGCCUCCAUUGGCGCUGGAGCAAUGUGUUGGGGCAGGAGAGCCGCUGAACGACGAGGUAAUUCGCAUCUGGGAAGAUAUGAGUGGCAUAAAAAUUCGUGAUGGGUACGGCCAAACUGAAACUACUCUUGUUUGCGGAAAUUUGAAAGGGGCCAAGGUCAAGUAUGGGUCAAUGGGCCUCCCGGUCCCUGGUGUGCCCUUGACUGUUGUGGACGAGAAAGGCGAUGAAUCCCCAUCAUUCCAGGAGGGUGAAAUUGCCAUUGCAACAACGACAAGCUCUGGCGUUAGAACCAUUAAUAUCUUUUCCGGUUAUCUGAGUCCAGAUGGAAAAGUUACAUUGCCCCAACGGAAAUGGAAAAGCUGUUAUUGGUAUCUCACAGGAGAUAGAGCUUAUAAGGAUGAAGAUGGUUACCUUUGGUUUGUCGGUCGGUCAGAUGAUGUUAUAAACUCAUCCGGGUACAGGAUUGGUGAGUCGCGAGUCCCUGCGGCCAGAUUGGUAUGGAACAACAACGGCGAUAUUGAUAUUCUUUCAGGUCCAUUUGAAGUCGAGUCCGUCCUCAAGAAGCACCCUGCAGUUGUUGAAUCCGCUGUAGUGGCGUCCCCAGAUCCCGAUCGUGUCGAGGUUGUCAAAGCCUUCAUUGUUUUGCAAGACAGUUUCAAGUCACGCAAUCCUGAUUCCCUGGUAACUGAGCUUCAGGAGUUUUGUAAAAAGCAAACUGCCCCUUACAAGUACCCUCGACGGAUCCAGUUUGUAGAGCCGAGUUUCCUGCCCAAGACAAUUAGUGGAAAGAUUAAAAGAGCGGAACUAAGGGCUUUAGAGAGGAGGGUCAUAACGAGAGGGGCAAGGAUAUGA